AUGAAAACACCGGCGAUAAUUGAAACAAAUAUGAAAAAUGAAGCCCAAGAGGAAGCUAACUCAUUGGACACUGCUACAAACACCGCAGCUCCGUUUAACCAAUUACAAUUAUCUAGUAAUGAUAGUAAAAAUAUAUCAAUAGAUAAUAAUAAUUUAUUAAUGAAUAAAAGUACACAGCCAUUAACAUCAAUUGAUCAAGUUAACGAAGUAAUAACAAGUGAAGAUAAAAAAGAAGAUAUAAAAAUUUUAGAUUUUAAAGAAUUAAAUAGUGUUGAUUCAACAGAUGAAUUCGUGCCUAUUAAUAAUAUUGAUAAGACAGUAGUCGGUCUUGAGAUAUCAGAUGAGGAAGCCAAACAAUUGAAGCAUGAUGUACGUAGACUAUCUCCAGUGCUUGUGAGUCUUCGUGAACGUACUCUUGGUGAAAUAUCAUUGACACCAGAUAAUAAUAAUAGUAAUAAACAAUUGUUAGAUCGUAAUAUUAGUCAAAAUAAUAAUAGCAAUCUUGAUAAAAUUAAUAAUAGUAGUUGUAAUAGUAAUCAACAAUUAGAAGAUAUAAUUAAUUUUGAAGAAUCAAUAGGCAAUUGUUUACUGACUGAUAAUUGUAAAUUAUCAUUAGAAGAAACAAUCAAUCAAAAAGAAUUAAUGGUUGUAUUGUCACGUGUUGACGAAAAUAAUGAGUUUAAAAUAAAAGAUGAAUGUGGUGAAAUAAUUAAAUCUCAAAUGAUUGUUAAAAAUAAUUCAACUAGUGUUAGUAAUAAUAAUAAUAAUAAUAAUAAUAAUAGUGACAAUGAGUUAGGUAAUUCGUUUGAUAUGUCAUCAGAGUAUUCAAAAAACGAUGGUUUGAAAAUAAAUAAACUGCUUGAAGACGAAUUUGAUCAACUGGAGCAAAAAGAAACCCCAGUGUCGGAAGUAAUUACUGAGUCAAAAAUUAUUGGAAAAGAAAGAAUCGAUUCAGUUGAUUUAGAAUUAAUUUCUAUGGUGACAACGGAUACUAUUCAGAAUUCGGCAACUGAAUCGGGUGUUGAUGAAUUAGAGCCUAAACAAGAAUCAAAAGAUGAAACUCAAUUCAAUAGUAUUCAAAUUGAUGUUGAUGAUAAUCUUGAUGCUGAUGUUGAUGUUGAUGGACUGACCUGCGAUGAACCUUCUUCGUUGACCAGGCUUACGUCGAUCAUCCAAGAACCCGAGGAAGAUUCUGCGGAAAGCUUGGCACUCAACACCGGAGCUGCUGGGGACGAAGUUAGAUCAGAUGGAAGUGAUUCAGGAUUAGGAAGUGAAAUUCCUGGCGAUCCUGGGAUCCAACCAGCACCUGAAAGUGACUCGGAGACGUCUUUUCUUGAUAGAAUUCCAGAAGAUAUUCUUGGAGAUAAAGAAAAAGUAGAUGAAAAUAACGAGGCUUCAUUGACACUACUACCGUUGCCAACUAUUGGAACCCCACAAAAAAGCAAUUUAAAACGACGAAUGACUGAUUAUGCGAAAGGUGAACAACCAUCCGCUAAGAGAAGUAAUAACAUUAAAGAUAAAGAUGAUCAUCAUCAACAACAGCAGCAGCAGCAGCAGCAGCAGCAGCAGCAACAACAACCACAACAAGAGGAUCAAGAACAGCAAGAUGAAAAACAACCGAUUAUAGCAAAAAAACGCAACAUACAUUUUGAUGCUGUUACAGUUUAUUAUUUUCCACGAGCUCAAGGUUUUACUUGUGUUCCAUCUCAGGCUUCAUUGACACUACUACCGUUGCCAACUAUUGGAACCCCACAAAAAAGCAAUUUAAAACGACGAAUGACUGAUUAUGCGAAAGGUGAACAACCAUCCGCUAAGAGAAGUAAUAACAUUAAAGAUAAAGAUGAUCAUCAUCAACAACAGCAGCAGCAGCAGCAGCAGCAGCAGCAGCAACAACAACCACAACAAGAGGAUCAAGAACAGCAAGAUGAAAAACAACCGAUUAUAGCAAAAAAACGCAACAUACAUUUUGAUGCUGUUACAGUUUAUUAUUUUCCACGAGCUCAAGGUUUUACUUGUGUUCCAUCUCAGGGUGGUAGCACACUGGGUAUGAGUGCAAUUCACACACAUGCUGAGAGAUUUUCACUAACAGAACAUGCUGCCGAACAGAGAAGACUUCAUCGAGCGCGAUUAGCCCAAUUGAGAUCUGAAAGAGCGGCUACUUGUAUCGCCGAGGCUGCAUCAAGUUCGGAGGACCCAAGUGAUGAUACCGACGAAGAGCCCAGUGACACCGAGGAUCUUGAUAUUGAUAGUUAUUAUUUUCUUCAACCGGUACCAACCUGGCAAAGACGAGCUUUGUUACGUGCUGCUGGUGUACGCAGAAUAGACGGUGUUGAAAAAGACGAUUGUCGCGAUAUUCGUGCAAGUAGAGAACAUUGCGGCUGUGGCUGUAAAGGAUAUUGCGAUCCUGAAAGCUGUCCUUGUUCACGAGCCAAUGUUAAAUGCCAGGUUGAUCGUGCUGGUUUUCCAUGUGGUUGUUCACGUGACGGUUGUGCUAAUAGUUCAGAAUCAUCAUCAACAGAUGCUUCUAUUGGCAUUUCUACUGGCUUAACAACUCUUCAUUACAACAAUGCUGAUACAUUAGAUUCAACAAAAAUAAAAAAACCAACAACACCUCCACUGCCAUCAUCUUCAAUCUUGCCAUUACAGUCAACACGUGAAAAUAAUCUUGAUUUGUAUGGCGUGCGAGAUAGUUGCUAUUCAAAUGAAGAUAUUGCUAAUAAAAUUCCACAAGAAUUUAAUCAAGUUUUUCAGGGUUUUACUGGACCAACUUUUCAAUCUAACUAUGAAAAUUAUUCAAGUUAUGAAUUAGGACCAUCAACAUCACGGCAUCAUCAAAAUAAUUACCAUUAUUAUCAACAUCAACAUCAGCAUCAGCAUCAGCAUCAGCAACAAGAACAUCAGCUGCUAAAUCAUCAAAAUAAAUUAAAACAGCAGCAACAAAAACCACAAUUUAUCCAGCAAUUCCAACAAGCGUUUACUCAUUAUAAUAAUUACCAAGAUUCUUCAACAGCAGCAUUGGCUUCUGGUGAUGUUGCUGCUGGACCGUCAAUUUCUUGUGAGGCAAUUCAAAAAAACACCCACGAUCAGUCUAAAAUUUAUCAGCAAUCUCCGACAGAAGAUAAUCCUCCUUUGCAGUACACUAAUUUAAAUUCAGUAAGACAAUCAACGAGUGCUGCUCAACACAUGGGAAAACUUGAACCCUUUUCAGAUUUGCUAGCCGGG